CCCUUUCGCAGUUUCGGAAUUUCCCUGUCUAUAAUGUCAAUGAGGAGGAUCAAGGAGAAGUGCUGCAAAGCGUGGCGGAAUAUGGAGGAGAUGAUGGUAUGAUUCUUAGCUGAGACCAGAGGUCGCAGAAGUGAGCGGGAUUCUGGCUCACAGCGCCGGUUGGAGCUGGAUUUGUUGACGUGUUGGAGUGUUAAGGGAGGGCUUUUGCAAGGGCAAGGGGCGAGGGAGGUGCCUGAAAGGUAGUCCAUGGUCGCAAGGUAGCUCUCAGUGUCUUAAUUUCGAGGUACCUUUCAAAGAUCUCAGGGCGUUUGCCCAGCUAUUCAACAACUCUUAAGGUAGAAAGACCAAGGCAGCCAAGAUGCCGAUCGACCCGUUUUCCAGCAUUGCUGGUCUGAUGACCAUUAUCCAGAUGACGGUGGCCGCUUCCGAGCAGGCCAAGAGUCACAAGCACAAUGUUGCGGCCCUGGCCCGUAGGAUUAAGAUGCUGGUGCCUCUUCUCGAGGAGGUGAACGACCGGCAGAUGACGCAAGCGCAGAAAGACAACUUUGAGGACUUGCAGCUCGCAAUCGAGCGUGCUCGGGAUCUUAUCGUUAAGUGCGGGGAGCGCAGCAAGGUGUACAUGAUGUUCCGUGGCACUGGCAUCAUCGAGCGCUUUAAGGACGUCUCCUUGGAUCUGGACCGGUGUCUGAACGCGUUGCCUCUGGUGAAUCUGAAGGUCUCGGAAGAGAUUCGGGAGCAGGUCGACUCUGUGAGCACUCAGCUGCGCAAGGCAAAGUACACCAUUGAUGAGAUGGACCAAAAGCUCUCAAUGGACAUUGCCCUGGUUCUCAGAGAGCAGAGGGAGGGCCUGGAGGCGAACCAGGCGCUGAUGCGUCAGCUGGCGGAAAAGCUGGAGCUGACGUCGCAUGAUAAGGUGGUUGCCGAGACCCGGGCCCUCGAGAUCGAGAAGGAGGAGGUCCGUGCUGAGAAGAACAGGCAGGAGGAGGCAUACAUCUCCCAGAUUAUCAACCUGCUCAGCGUGAUGGACGCCACCCAAGAGGCUGGUCCGAGCGGUUCGCAGGAGGAGCAGCCGCCCCUCGAGGCCCGCCCCUCGCUGCGGAUGAAAGUCCCCCCCGUGGCGCCCGAGGAGUUCAAGUGUCCUCUGAGUCUGGAGCUUAUGGCUGACCCAGUAGUGAUUGCGUCGGGGCAGACGUUUGAGAGGGCGUACAUCCGGCGAUGGUGGAGCCAGGGCCAUCGCACGUGCCCCAUCACCAACUUGCCCCUCGGCAAUCUGGAGCUCAUUUCCAACUUCUCUCUCAAGCGCAUGAUCUCCGACUGGUGCGAAACCCACGACCAACCGCAGCCCACACCCCCCGUGCUCUCGCCCCCCCACUCCCCCACGCUGCGCUUCUUGACCGAGGAGGACAUGCUCGAGAAAGCGUCCGGAGAUGCUGCGUUCGAAGACAAGUGGUCCAAGUCCGGCCCAGUGCCCGACUUUCGGGCGUCCGAGGGGGACUUGUACGAUGAGAAGUGGUCCAAGUCUGGACCCAUGACAGCGCCCGACUGGGGGAAAGAUACGGAGAUGGCGGACGGGGGCAAAGGCAAGGGGAAGUAUGUCGCAAUGCCCUCCGAUAUGGAGAGGCCCGGCAGUCAUAAGGCCGGGUUCGAGCAUUAUCGAGAGGUCCCGACCGCCAUAGCUUAUGACCAGCACGAGCGGCUGCCGAGCGAGUUCGGCCGGGUGUCAAUCCUCGAUGAGGCGGUCGUCUCCGGGGAGGUUAGGCCGGGUUACGCAAACCCGCCUCCUGGCCCAAGCAGCUCCGCCCAGAAAACCUUUUCCCGACGCACGAUUCGAACAUCUGCCACGGCAAACGAUUCCGUCCGAGCGUCUGGAAGCGGAGCAGAGCGGUUGUCGGAGGAGGGGGCUCAUGGGAGAGAAUCUUGCUGGAGCGGGCAGCAGUCGUUGUCGAGCGAAUUCAAGCCGCCCAAACCGGCGGCUGCUGCCGGCAAGGGGGAUCCCUCUGUUCCUGGCCACAGGCGAAACUCGUCGGCGCCGCUCAGCGAGUUGUCGAGCGCAGAGGCGACGCGGGUGAUGAAUUUGCAGGUCGCCGCAGCACACGCACAGCCCUACCGGGGGGAUGAGACCGAAGACUUGUCGGGGUUCAACUUUGCCCCCCCCCCGCCGCUCAGCUCGUCGUUGCCGCGCCCCUCGAGCACCACAAACUCCGACCGGAAUCAACGGUACUCCGAUCCGCUGCCCGCCAAGCGGAGGGAGGAGGGGGGCCACUACGCGGCAUCAGCGCACGACGCACACGAUCACGCAGCCCCCGGGUUCGCCCCCCCCUCGCCGAUCCACAAUGAGAUCCCGGUUGCCGUUACGCACUCCGGCCACGCGGUGCGUCAGGACUCGUACAAUCCGCACCAGCGGACGCCGUCGGCAGACUCCAGAGAGCCCCUCGCGGACCCGAAGCGUCCGGUGACCGCCAGUGAGCUGCAGAGCAUGGGGCGGGAACUGAGGAGCGGCAAGCCGGAUCUCAUCAGGGCUGCCGCGGGAGAUCUCCGGCUGCUGGCCAAGUUCAGCAUGGAGAACCGCAAGGCGAUCGCGGGCGCCGGCAUCGUGCCUGAUCUCAUCGGGCUGCUCCUGUCCAAGGAUCUCAAGACUCAGGAGAACGCCGUGACGGCGCUGCUGAACUUGUCGAUCCACGACGGGAACAAGGCGAUCAUCGCAAGAGACGGCGCCAUUUCCCGGUUGGUCGAGGUUCUCCAGGGAGGCUCCCAGGCGGCAAAGGAAAACGCGGCCGCCACGCUGUUCAGCCUUUCCGUUCUGGAGGAAUGUAAGCAGCAGAUCGGCGCGCAAGCGGGGGCAAUCCUCGGGUUGGUAGAUCUGCUGCGAACGGGAAGCGCCCUGGGAAAGAAAGACGCGACGACGGCGCUGUUCAACCUGUCGAUCUGCCACGAGAACAAGAGCCGCAUCGUGCGGAACGGCGCGGUUGGCCCGCUGAUCCAGCUUAUCAAGGACCCUUCUCUCCAGGAGAAGGUCGUUGCAGUGCUGGCCAACCUAACCACGGUUGGGGAGGGCCGGUUAGCAAUAACCGAGGCUAACGGUAUCAAGGCGUUGGUACAAGUCACCGAGCGAGGGACCCCUCGCUCCCGAGAAAACGCGGCAGCUGCAUUGCUCCAGCUCUGCAUCAACAGCAGCAGGCACACAGCGGAGGUCUACCAGGAAGGGUUGGUUCCUUCGCUUAUGUCCCUGCAGCAGACCGGGACGCCCCGAGCGAAAGAGAAGGCCCGGUCGUUGCUGCGGCACUUCAGGGACAAUCUUCACGACACCGUCAAGCCCUGACGCGUCUGCACUAUGCAUGUGGUCUGUCGUGUUUGAGAAAGUUUGUCACGGGUAUUCGAUGCACAAUCUGGGGCGUCCCGACGGACAUCUUAGCUGCUACAUAGGAGAGCUUGUAUUGUAUCCACGGCUUUAUCGGCGUGUGGCGCGGAAUGCGCACGAAUUCUAAGUGCUAUGUGGUGGUAGCGUAUAAAUGUAAGUAGAAAUUGAGCAGAGGCUACUUUGACGUACUUAUUGGCCUGGUUGAAAGGCAAGGGUCUGGCUAAUAAUGUGAACAUCUACUGUAAGUGACACCUUCGUCACAAGCUAGAGACACUCAGCUUUGAAUCUAACCAGAGUUUGGCAAGCAAGAGUCUCCUGAUUCACGCCAUUUCUGUGGAGUUCGGAUCAUGGUUUCAGGCUUAGAUGUGCAUACGGUCA